AUGUUACUUCAUAAAUCCACAAGGAAAGUUCAGUCCAUUUCACCCUCUUUUACAUGCAAAAUUCUGAACAAUCAAUCAAAGACCACAGUUAUUCCCAGAAGAUUGCCACUAAUCCGUCCACCACCGCCUCCUGGUUCACCGUAUACAUUUCCACCGCAACUUAACCCUCUUCAGAAACUAGCAGCUUUUGCCCUUGACAUGGUGGAAAAAUCGGUUGUAACAGAAUUGGAGAAGAAACAAAAGCCGAACCGGAGUGUUGAUCCGGCAAUUCAGCUUGAAGGAAACUUUGCACCGGUUCAAGAGAGCCCAGUCCAACACGGGCUUGAAGUUGUGGGCACCAUUCCAGCUGAUGUGGAUGGAGUGUACGUUCGAAACGGUGCCAACCCAUUGUUCUCGCCAACCAACGGCCACCACCUGUUCGAUGGUGACGGCAUGGUUCACGCCGUCACGUUGUCUGCCGGAAAUCAAGCCAGGUACUCCUGCCGGUUCACUAAAACAAACCGGUUGGUUCAAGAAUCCACACUUAGGAGGCCGGUUUUUCCUAAGCCAAUGGGAGGGCUGCAUGGCCACUUGGGCUUGGCUCGACUCGCACUUUUCUUUACUCGGUCUUUGAUUGGCUUGGUCAGCGUGUCUCAAGGCAUGGGAGUAGCCAAUGCCGGCUUAGUCUACUUCAACGGUCGGCUCCUAGCCAUGUCCGAGGAUGAUCUUCCGUACCACAUCCAUAUCACAAGUAACGGUGAUAUCGAGACGAUCGGACGGUUCGAUUUCGAUGGACAGAUCAAAGAUCCUCUAAUUGCUCACCCCAAGGCGGACCCGGCCACAGGGGAUCUCUAUACUUUGAGCUACAAUGUAAUUAAAAAACCAUACCUAAAAUUCUUCAAGUUUGACAAGUGCGGUAAAAUGUCACGUGAGGUAUUGAUUUCGCUCGAGCAGCCGACUAUGAUACAUGACUUUGCCAUAACAGAAAGUCACGUGAUCAUCCCUGAUCAUCAAGUAGUGUUCAGGAUGUCAGAAAUGAUUCGGGGCAGGUCACCCGUUUUCCAUGACCCGAAUAAGGUAUCUCGGUUUGGGAUUUUGUCGAAAAAUGCAGUAGACGAAUCAAGAAUCAAGUGGAUUGAUGUGCCAGAUUGUUUUUGUUUCCAUAUGUGGAAUGCAUACGAGGAAAUUAAUGAAAACGGGGAUAAAAUCAUCGUGGUCAUAACCUCAUGCAUGACACCACCAUGUGCAAUAUUCUCGGACAGUGAUGACUUGUUACGAAGCGAAUUAUCUGAGAUCCGAUUGAAUUUAAAAACAAGCGAGUCAAUUCGAAAAGUUAUCGUAUCAGGCAUGAACCUAGAAGUAGGACAAGUGAACAAACAUCGAUUAGGCCUAAAAACCCGGUACAUAUAUUUGGCCAUAGCCGAUCCAUGGCCAAAAUGUAGUGGCAUUGCUAAGGUCAACUUACUCACUAGAAAAGUUACGAAAUUUUUAUACGGAGAGGAAAAAUUUGGUGGCGAGCCAUGUUUUGUGCCGAGCAAGGAAGACGAGGGAGAAGAAGGAGGAUUUCUCAUGAAUUUGGUAAGAGAUGAAAAGGGACAAAAGUCUGAAUUAGUGAUAGUAAAUGCUUCAAAAAUGAAGCAAGUAGCUUCAAUUAAGAUACCUACAAGGGUGCCAUAUGGUUUUCAUGGUACAUUUGUUAGUUCACAAGAAUUAAGAAAACAAUCAUUAUGUUAA